GAGAUCACAGUUGCUUCUGCGUUUACGUUUCUCCAUUAGUUUAUCAGUAUAGAAAACAGCACACACUUUCUAGGCUCAAGUAAAUAAGUAUUUCCAAAUUUUUUACUUUUUAAAAACAGCUGUUGCAAGGAAAAGAAAACACUUGGAUAGCAUAAUUUACACAGGACCUAGUGAACUAAAUGCAUUCAUAAGCACUUGCCCGCGAGAGGAGACACAUUCAGGCAACCUCAAAAUGCCGCCCGUUUCAAAACGCCGUUUACCGAAAAAAUCCAAUACAGAUGUGAAAAUAACGAGCACGCUUUCGAAAAUUAUAAUGGAAGGAACUCAACAGUUGUUGAACUCGGAAAAUAAUCAAAAUAUUCAAGUUAUUGAAAAACCUAGACUAGUGCGGUAUUCAAAUUCAUCGCUUUACAGUGCGUUAGCCGAGGGACAUAAUAAUAAUACCAACGCACAUGGCACGAUAGAGCUUAAUUCUGAAAUUAGUGAUAUGUCCAUGGCAUCAGUGUCGGUGAGAAAUAAGCCGUUUGUUAACUAUCUCCAGGAUUUCUCCAUAACUAAUGGUUCCGUACCCCGAGAAAGUGUUCAGCAGGCCAUCGUUCGAUGGAAUGAACUUACAGCUGAGCAACAAGAAGAAUAUAAUCCUGAAAACUACGUUCUGAAAUUAUGCGAUCAAGUGCAUAAUCGUGACGAAAUUUUAAACGCAGUUACCCUGCAUCCGGUUUAUGCAACUACAAAAAAAAUGCAGAAUGCAUUUAAUGAAUCCAGUACGUCCAUGAACUCUGCGAAGAAGAUUUCCUCCCAAAGGAUACGUAAGACAAUUAAGCGUUUAACACGAAAACCACGAGCUGUGGUGAAUCCCAGAAAAUCAACCAAAAAGGCAGAGGGACGUCUAAUUUAUAGUGGUUCGGCUUACAACAACUUUCUGCGCAAAACCCGUCUAGCCAAUCCCGGUCUGAUGAUUGUGGAAAAGGCCUCCUUAUGGCGUAAAAUGACUCCUGCCGAAAGGGAUCUCUAUCGAAGUGUAAGCAAACCAAGACGACAGAAAACCAAAGCAUGCAAGCGCGAAAAUAAGCGAAAAACCUCACGGUCCACCCAGAUUCCAGAAAGUGAUUUAAAUUUUUCGAACAAGGAUUUCAAUUUUCAGCAUAAUUGCCAACUAGAAGUUUGGAAUGAAAGUCAAAAUUCUCUAGAGGAUGCUAACCGCUCCUGGUUCAAAUUCGGAUACAUUGCGAAAGCAUUAGGAAAAGUCAAGAGUAUAUUUAAUUAACUAUUUCUUUUACAAAUAUUGUACAAAACAUUUGCAAUAACUAUCACGGUAAGCGAGAAGGAAAUUCGAAAGUUAUUAUUUCUACGAGAUAAUAUAAGUGUUUACAAA